AUGCGCAAUGUUUUGAUCUUCGCUGGCAGCUCAUGUCCUGCUUUGGCAGAUCAUAUCUGUGCAAGGCUCGCCAUGAGUCCUGCGAGCGUUGAGCUCUCACAAUUUGCAAAUGGUGAGACCAGCGUAAAGAUCUUGACUAGUAUUCGUGACAAAGAUGUCUACGUUGUUCAGUCAGGUAGCAGCAAAAUAAACGAUAGCAUCAUGGAGCUUUUAAUAAUGAUAUCUGCCUGCAAAGGAGGUUCUGCAAAUAAAAUCACAGCCGUGCUUCCCUACUUUCCAUACAGCAGGCAAUCCAAAAAAAAAUCUGGUCGAGGAGCAAUAACUGCCAGAAUGCUAGCAAAUCUACUUGAUAUCGCCGGUGUUAAGCAUAUAAUCACAAUCGAUCUACACGCAUCGCAGAUGCAAGGCUUCUUUAGGUGUCCGGUCGAUAAUCUACACGCUGAGCCCCUCAUAUCCCGAUGGAUAAGACACAACGUCGAAAACUGGAACGAGGCCAUUUGCGUGUCAAAGAACGCUGGAGGUACGAAAAGAGUCACAUCCCUGGCGGAUGCUCUAAAGCUCAAUUUUGGAAUGGUCACCACAGACAAGAAAAGAGGCAUGGCUAGCGCUACAUCAAAUGCGGAGCGGGCACUAAAAAGUCUACACGUUAUUAAACCCAGUGCCGAGUCCUCGAUGAGCAAGAAUAAUUUUAACGACGCAAAUGCCGGAAUGAAGACAUUAAAAUUGGUUACAGAACAAGUACACUCUGUGCCCCAGAACACACAAAAUAUGAAUGUUGUAGCACCUUCGGAUCCAUCUUCUCAAACACGGGGAACCCACAACGGUUUUGAUCAGGUUGCAUACAAUAAUCUUUCGUGUCAAGGAGAAAAUAUUCAUGUAGACAUUACGCAGUCCACACAAGUUCCUACUAGCCCCUUCCCAAGGGUCACAGACCCUCAUGAAACAUCCAGAUGUGCAAUGGCCCGCACAAUUAGUACUCCUGAUAAUUCAAGUAAUAAUGAUGAAGAUGGAGAAUUUAUUGACGAAAGGGCCCGAGACAUAAUUCAAGGACGCCUUGUACACGGCCAUAUAGUCCCCGACGACUAUCCAUCGCCCAUUUUAUCAUCAAUGUCCAGCUCGACUGUUUACCAACAGCGUGAUGAAGAGCCUAUUGAGCUCCCUCAUAACAGCUCUAUUUUCCCACAGCAUGAACAAAAGGUUCACAAUGCAGACAUCGGUGGAGAGACCUCUGACGAAGAAGAGGCAGGUUUGAGAAACCCCCAAUUCGAGCAUAUGAUCACACUUGUAGGUGACGUUCGCAAUCGCACUGUGUUUAUUAUAGAUGAUAUGAUAGAUAAAGCUGGAAGCUGGAUUGCUGCUGCUGAAUGUGUCGUCAAACGAGGAGGCGCUAAGAAAGUAUACUGCAUGGCUACACACGGUCUUUUUGGCGGUGACUCUUUGGAGGAACUACAAGAAUGUGACUGUAUAGACUCAAUAGUGGUCACAAAUUCUUUCCCUAUCCCUACGGAGAAAAUUCGCAUGGCAAGCAAACUUGUUGUUCUUGAUCUAUCAAGUCUUCUUUCUGAGGCGAUAAGACGAAACCACCAUGGGGAGUCUAUCUCAGUACUAUUUACUCACUCAUUUGAUUAG